AUGGCACAGAAAUUAACCUUCAACCAAGAAUGUUGUGAUAAAGGAGGUGCUAAAUCUCUUAACCUCUUAGUGAUGGGUGGUCAUGGUGUGGGGAAGCGCACUCUCAGUAACAGAUUGAUAGACUGUUGGAGAGAUAGCGCCACUUCAAUUUCUCGACAGACUUCAGAAGAUGUCCUGGGCAUUGGCGGAAAGACCCUGCAGACACAAGUUCAAGAAGCAUCUUCGGGUAGAACGUCCUUUCUGCAACGGGUACCAACAAGCGAUGUUUACCUUCUUGUCUACUCAAUCACAGACGAUGCUUCCUUUGAGGUGGCGGUCAACAUAAGAGAAAGGAUUCUGAAUCAGAAAGGAGCAAACGUUCCUAUUGUGUUUGCGGCUAACAAGACAGACAUUGGUCAGUCUGUUGACCAGAUCGAGAGGGUUUAUAGGGACCUCAAUAUCAGCUGUGAAUGGGAACAUGGACAUGUGGAGAUAUCAGCUGAGAAGGAUGACAGUGUUUUCAAGGUAAUGGAGCCAAUUCUUAAACGUCACAACAAAUAUAUUGAUCUCACUGAAAGAACUAAAAGUCCAGCAGGGCUACGAUCAAAGUUACAGGCGUUCAAGAAAUGGUUCUUUAAAUAG